UCACUUUGAUACCAUUUCACUUGAGGGGAAGCUGCAGUAGUAAAAGACACCAUAUGUUAGUGCUACUUCAAACAGCUCUUUCUCUCCCCCAUUUUGCUCUUUUGCUCUUGCUUUGUGUGUAGAGAGAGAGAGAGAUCUAAAGAGAGAGAGUAGAGAGAGAGGGAUGGAGGCAACACCAAAUCAUACACAAACUGUGGCAGGAUGGGCUGCUAGAGAUUCUUCAGGAAAGGUCACUCCCUUUGUCUUCAAAAGAAGGGAGAAUGGGGUGGACGAUGUGACCAUAAAGGUGCUGUACUGUGGCAUGUGCCACACUGAUCUCCACCAUGUUAGGAAUGAUUGGGGCAUCACCAUGUAUCCUGUUGUGCCCGGGCACGAGAUAACAGGUGUGAUCACUAAGGUCGGAUCGAAUGUCGCCAAUUUCAAAGUCGGCGAUCGAGUCGGCGUCGGAUGCUUGGCGGCUUCGUGCCUCGAAUGCGAGCACUGCAAACAAUCCGAGGAGAACUACUGCGCGCAGGUCCAGUUCACUUACAACGGCAUCUUCUGGGACGGGAGCAUCACUUACGGGGGCUACUCCGAAAUGCUAGUAGCCGAUAAACGGUUCGUUGUGCGUGUUCCCGAUGACUUGCCCUUGGAUGUUGCCGCCCCCUUACUAUGUGGUGGAAUCACCGUGUUUAGCCCGAUGAAGCAACUCAACAUGCUCGAAUUCGGUAAGAGGCUCGGCGUGGUCGGCCUCGGAGGCCUGGGGCACAUAGCCGUCAAGUUCGGUAAGGCUUUUGGGCUCCACGUCACGGUGAUCAGCACGUCGCCUUCGAAAGAGAAAGAGGCGAAGGAGCGUCUCGGUGCCGACAACUUCAUCGUCAGCACCGACCCCGAAGCAAUGCGGGCGGGCUCACGAACCCUAGACUACAUUAUCGACACAGUUUCUGCGAAGCACUCACUCGGACCGAUCCUGGAGCUACUGAAGGUGAAAGGAAAGUUGGCAUUUGUCGGUGCACCCGACGAGCCCGUCGAACUCCCUUCAUUCCCUCUCAUCUUUGGUAAGAGGGUGGUGAGUGGAAGCUUAAUUGGUGGGAUGAAGGAGACACAAGAGAUGAUGGAUCUUUGUGCGAAACACAACAUUACAUGCGACAUUGAGCUUAUUAAACCAGAUUACAUUAACCAGGCGCUAAAUAGGCUAGCUAAGAACGACGUUCGUUACCGUUUCGUGAUCGAUUUCACUGCUUGAUUAAGCUAAUACCUAGUUUGUCUUUUCGAUCUCCACUAAUUCGUGUCUCAGAUUAUGACCGAAAAAAGUGUUGUUGGUUUGAUCUUACUAUGUUCGCAUUGUUACGGUUCUAAGAACAUUUCUAUAUAUGUAGUGGUUUAGGGAAAAAGAAUAAAUAUAUGAUUGGAUGAA